CUCAAAGAUCGCAAACAUGUCUACACCAAACAGACAGCCAACAAAAGAUCAUGCUAUGGAGGAAGACGAUGGUGCGGCUCGAUCUGCUGUUGCUUCUUCUCCUUCAGCAUUAGCAUUUCCUUCGAGCAGUAGCAGCCCAAAAAGCGUGCAACCUCGUCGUCAACAACAAUUACGUGCACCCCUUAGUGAUGAUCAAGCAAUGAACGGUUCUUCACCACUUCAUUUCCCCACAUCGUCCCCGUUGCAAACCCCUCGUGCUUCAGCUGCAAAUCAACGUCGUCCCAUGCCAUCAAGUGGACUUCGCAGUGAAGGUAUGCGCAGUGUAGCAACAGAAGAUCAACCACUCUUCUUUCCAAGCAGCAGUUCUGCUACUUCUACCCCACGUACUACUCGUGGAGAAAUUCGUCCAAUGAUGAUCUCAUCACCUUCUGCAAUGCGUCGUAAUCGUGCUGCUCAACGUCAAAGUCAAGUUGAUCGUACAUUGACUGGCGAUGGAACGUCUACCGUUGGUCAACAAUCAGAUAUUGGCUCACAAAGCGAUUUGACAUUAUCUCAACAAGCACUUACCACCGAUCCUACUGCACGCUCGGAAGGUGAUAGUAGAGUGUUGUGGGGAACGCAAGUUUCUUUGGCAGAGACAAUGACAGCUUUCAAAGACUUUUUGGAACAAUUCCGAAUGAAGUAUCGCUGGGCAAGCUUACGUGCUCAAAACAAGCCUUUCGUUCGUGGUACAGCUGCUGAAGGUGAAGAAUUGGUUUAUGAAAAAUACAUGCAUCAAAUGCAUCAAACUAAUCAAACACUUCUCAACGUACGCAUUUCCGAUUUGGCAUGCUUCGGUCCUUCAAAGAAGUUGUCUUACGAUCUUGUCAAAUAUCCCAACGAAGUUGUUCCCAUUAUGGAUAACGUGCUCAAAGACGUUCUGUUGGACAUUGCCUACGAAAAGGAUCGCGAGAAUGGCGAACAAAAGAGUGAACAAAUUGAAAAGAAUAUUUACAAGGUUCGCAUUUAUGGUUUGGAAUCCAUCAAUAUGCGUAACUUGAACCCGAACGAUAUCGAUCAAUUGAUCACUGUUCGUGGAUUAGUCAUUCGCGCAACUCCAAUGAUUCCCGAUAUGAAGAAAGCCUUUUUCCGUUGUUUACGUUGCAACAACACUGUCACAAGCGAAAUCGAUAGAGGACGUAUCGAAGAGCCAAGACGCUGCAGUCGAGCAAGCUGCGGUGCUUUAGGCACAAUGAGUUUGAUUCAUAACCGUUGCGAAUUUGCCGAUCGUCAAAUCAUUCGUUUGCAAGAGACACCCGACGUUGUUCCUGAUGGUCAAACACCUCAUAGUGUCACCUUAUGCGCAUAUGACGAAUUGGUGGAUAUGUGCAAACCAGGUGAUCGUGUUGAGAUUACAGGUAUUUUCCGUGGUCAACCUGUUCGUGUUCAUCCUCGUCAACGUUCUCAAAAGAGUUUGUACAAGACAUUUGUUGACGUGAUCCAUAUGCGUCGUGGGGAUGGUAACGGGCGUAGAUUGGGCUUGGAUUCUUCUACACGUACAGAUGAUGAGCAUGUCGAUGCUAUGGGCGUCGGAGGCGAUGAUGAUGAAACAGCAAACCAAGUGGAUGUCAGUACGGUGGGCAUCAUUCCUUCACAAGAUGGUGACUCGCAAUCUUCACUCUCAUUAGAGGAAAAGCUUGCUCAAAUUGCCGAUCGACCAGAUGUAUAUGAGUUGUUGGCACGCAGUCUUGCACCAAGCAUUUACGAAAUGGAAGAUGUGAAGAAAGGAAUUUUGUUGCAAUUAUUUGGUGGAACAAACAAACAGAUUGCGCUCAAUGGAAAUGCAAACAAUCUUGCCAACUCCAAUUCCAAUAACAGCAACGCAGGCCCUCGUUACCGUGGUGAUGUCAACGUUCUCAUGGUUGGUGAUCCAGGUACCAGUAAAUCACAACUGUUGCAAUACGUUCACAAGUUGGCACCAAGAGGUGUAUAUGCAAGUGGUAAAGGUAGUAGUGCAGUCGGUUUGACUGCUUACGUUACCCGUGACCCUGAUACCAAACAAUUGGUAUUGGAAAGUGGUGCUUUGGUCUUGUCAGACGGAGGUGUUUGCUGUAUUGAUGAAUUCGACAAGAUGAACGAUAGCACAAGAAGUGUGCUACACGAAGUUAUGGAACAACAAACCGUUUCCAUUGCCAAAGCCGGUAUCAUCACUACAUUAAAUGCACGUACUUCUGUCUUGGCUGCAGCAAAUCCGGUAGGAAGCAAGUACAAUGUUCGUUUGCCAAUCACCAAGAAUAUCGAUUUGCCUCCAACUUUGAUUUCUCGUUUCGAUUUGGUGUACUUGGUUUUGGACAAAGUUGAUGAAAGCGCUGAUAGAAGAUUGGCCCGUCACUUGGUUGGAUUGUACAUUCAAGACGAUGCAGCUUCCAAGAAGAAGACCAGUGCCCGGGAUAUGCUACAACAACAGACUUUGACAGCCUACAUCAGCUAUGCACGCAAUAACAUUCAUCCAAAGAUCACAGCUGAAGCAGGAGAAGCAUUGGCACGACACUAUGUUUCUCUACGUAAAGCAGGAUCAGAUGGAGGAGUGGCAGCAUCAGAAAAGCGUAUCACUGCUACCACACGUCAAUUGGAAAGCGGUAUUCGUUUAAGCGAAGCUCAUGCACGCAUGCGAUUACGCAAAGAAGUCUUGGUUGAAGAUGUUGAAGAAGCAUUCCGAUUGAUUCGUGAAGCUGCAAAAUCAUCUGCAACCGAUCCAACAACCGGUUUGAUCGAUUUGGAUUUGAUCAAUACUGGAAGAGGCGCACAACAACGCCGAAUGGCAGGUGAUCUACAAAAGCAAGUACAAAAGUUGGUUGAUGACAAUAGUACGAAUGCAUUAGGUGGCAUUCGUUACAAUGAUUUGGUCAAAAAACUAGCAGAUCAAUCUUCCAUUGCCGUAGAUGCUACAGAACUUUGGGAUCUUUUGCAAUCUCUUGAAAAUUCGGGUAUGAUUCGUAUGUCCGGUCAUGGCGAUAAGCGAAUCAUUCGUAGAAACUUCACUGGAGCUGCAGCUCCUCUUGCACAACCUGCUCAAACCGCAAUCGCUGUGUGAUGGUUGUUGUCUGGUGCAGUUUCCAUUCUUUUCUCUUUUAUUCGGGCCUUUGUUUUGUUAUCUUCUUUUCUCUGCCCAGCAUCUCUUUAUUCUCUUGUUAUGUUUUUGCCUUGUAAUCGCAGUCGUCUUGAUGAGAAAUUAUAUACAGUUC